AUAAAUUUAUAAAAGUUAUUUAAUAUUUCUAUACACACUAAGUGUGGCAGUGUAGUGAGUCACCAUGGACCCAAACUCGAGUCCCUGGCCUUAUGCGUAUAAUCGUAUCGUACCGCCAGCUAGUGGUAGCAGUUCGGCGGAGGACUUUCAGCAUCCGCAUUUGGCUUCUAGUGCGCAGUCUUUGUUAUUACAAGCAGCGAGUUUUAAUGCAGCAGCCAGUGGCGGCAGUUUUGUGUCACCAUCACCGAUCAGUAGUUACAAUCCGGUCUUUCAGCAAAUUUAUCAUCAUGCGGCCAGUGCUGUGCAACCGAAACCUGCCCACUUUGCUUCGACGACAGUUAAUACGCCACACCGUCAAUUGCAAAUACCCGCCACUUUGGAUAAACAGUUGACCUCAUUCCAAAACCAAGCCGCUAUAGCGGCUGUAUCAUCGGCGGCUGCCGCAGCCGUUAAUAAUGCAGCAGCUACAAAUUACUAUGGUGAAAAUUCUUCAUCUAGUGGUGCUUCUCCUUCGCCGACUACCGCCUCCAUAACGCCGACCACCCUUAGUUGGAAUGCACCGACAAUGUUGUCGAAUACAUUUUUGGCAGUACAACAACAAACGCAACAACAGCAACAAGCCCAGCAGCAGCAACAACAGCAGCAGCAGCAGCAUCAACAGCAGCAAUUGAAUCUAGUUACGGAUAAGGUGCAAAUCAAACAAGAAAAUGCUCAAAUUAAGACAGAGGUUAAAUCUUACAAUGAUAUAUUGUACCUCACACAAUUACACCAACAACAGCAGCAGCAACAGCAACAACAGGAAGAGCAACAACAACAGCAACAAUUGCAAGAAGAAACAAAUUACUAUAUAAUUGAUGGUAAACAAUAUAAAAUUGUACGGAAACCAUCGCAACCUCAACAACAGCAACAAACGCUGCAAAUCGAGCAGCAGCAUUCAAGUCCAGCAUCUUCCACCACCACCCAACAUUAUCCCAUUUAUGCCAGUCCGGCCUUAAGUUCAACGGGCGGUUCAUCACCUGCCUUACAUGUAGCUGCUACAACGCCACCUCAGAUUAUUGUUUAUAAGAAUCCAGGUUCGACCGGCCAAGUGGGUGCCGAGUCACCGAUACGGAGAAGUCAUGUUGCAAACGCUGGUUCGCCUGCAACUGCGUCCGCCGCCUCAACGGUAGCAUAUUCGUCUGUGAUACAAAGUACUUUACAGCAGCAGCAACAAUUGCAACAACAACAGCAACAGCAACAAUUGAAUUGUUGGAAAAUUGACGCUGACAAUGGAGGCUCCGCGGAAGAUGUAAAAAAUGUUUUGCAAUUACAAGUGAAACAGGAGCACCCUAGCAGUCUCGAUUAUAAUACUAGCAAUGGUAACAGUAUUGUUGGUAAUGUUGUAAUGAGUGACAAUAUGAUAUUUAAUUUACCACCCGGCCUAGAAAUUAAACAAACUAUUUGCAAUAACAAUACACAAAAUACGGUGGUACAGCACACACAACAACAGCAACAACAACAACAACAGCAACAACAACAAAUUCUUAUACAGCAACAACAGCAACAGCAGCAACAAAACGUUUAUAGCAAUGACUCGAAAUUGCAACAGCAACAACAAUCAGAUAAAAGGCGACAACAUAUGAUAGCCAACAUGUUAAUGUCGCCCUCAACUACCUCCAAUCAUCAUCAUCAGCAACAACACCACCACCACCACCAUCAUCACCAACAACAACAACACACUUCUUCGCCGUCGUCUUCUCACGCCACAACAGCGUCACAGAUUCAAAUAAUUUCUAAGGCUGAGGAAAAACAAGUGCAACAACAACAACAAAUGUCAGUAGCAAAACCCACUAAAACGCCACGUAAGAGGCAACCGAAAAAGACGUUAGUGGCCAAUGACUAUGAAGCGGAACGUGGCUCUCAAAGUGAGGCUUCGACCAGCCACCAUCAACAGCAACAGCACGUACAACAGCAACAGCAGCAGCAACAGCAAACCACGUAUUAUGAUUUCAACAGUAAAUGGAAUACUAGCACAUUGAAAACGGAAAGCAAUACUACGACACCUGCGGUACAAGUGCCCGCAAUUAAUAUACCUACAUAUGUUAAUCCUCAUACAGCUGCUGCGACACAACAACAACAACAACAUCAACCACAGCAAGCAGUAAAUCAACAGCAACAACAACAACAGCAGCAGCAGCAACAAGAGCAACCGCAAGUGCCACAACCAGCCCACUUGCAAUCGUCACAAGCUCAAUCGCAUUUAACGAAUCUAUCGUAUUAUCCGAGUUUUUCGCAACAAAUUGCCUCACAAUACACGGCCUGUAUACAACAAAGUGCAGCUGCUGCCGGAGCCAUUCAACAUACGCUGUACAAUCUCAAUCAACAACAUCAACAGCAAUUGCAGCAACAGCAGCAUCAGGCCAAUAAUCAACAGCAGCAGCCACAGCAUCAACAACAGCAACAGCAGCAGCAACAACAGCAACAACAGCAGCAAGUUGAUCAACAACAGCAGCAACAACAACAACAACAGCAACAACAAGAACAGCAACCUCCCCAGGAAGAUCCAACUAAUAAAGUUAUUGUACCGAACAUUGAAGAAGAAUUAGAUUUCUUGUCAGAUGCUGUGGCACCGAAGCAGGGAUACGCAAGCGCUAGCGACACGGCACGUACCGGUACAUCGAUAGCAACCACAGGUACAAAUAAACCUACCAAUUUUGGCAUAUGCAAUCCCAACAAUUCAUCAGCACAGAGCGCAACAAAGCCUAACAGUACUACGGGCGCAGCAGCCUCAUCAUCGUUAGCGGUAGCCGUUAAUAAUGGUAGUGCAGCUGCUGUUACGACAGUAGUAGGUGCAACUACGGGUAGCGGAACUACGUAUGUGCCGCCUGAGAAGAAGCCUGUAGUGGGCACUUCAAUAGGAGAAAAGAAAACCCAAUUUAUGGAUAGUUAUUUGAAAUUUUUACAAGGUGAUCGUGAAGAGGAGACAGCGACGUCUUCGAAGAGCGGACGCCGGAAUAAUGUGCAAAAAUCUCAAGGUGGCGGUGGUGGUGGUGGCAAACGGAGUAAACAAAACAAUUCAACUAAUAAUGCGACGAAUAAUGCGAGCAACAAUAGCGGCGGCGGUGUUGCUGCACCUGCCCAGAGUGAAGAAGCUGUGGCAGCAGGGCAUCUACAAGGUUCAAUGGUGGAUGCUCAUGCAGCGGGGGGGACUCUAAUGACAGGCGAUGAUGGCCAUCAAAUAAAAAUUCUUUCCCAAACACAAAUCCUACCUAAGAAGCGGCCACAUGCACAAAUGGCUGCAGCUGCUGCAGCAGCGGCAGCAUCUCCUUCGGCCAUUUCAAGUAAUUCACAUUCGAAUGCAGGCACAUCGGUCAUAACCCAACAUCCCCAGCACGGUGAUGGGCAUGCGCAACAUCAGCAACCACAACAACAGCAAACUGUAAAUCAACAACAACAACAGCAGCAACAGCAACAACAACAACAGCAACAACAGCAGCAGCAGCAACAUGAGCAAUCAUUCCGUCCAUAUGGACAACACCAAACGCAACAACCACAUCAUCAACAUCAAGUAUCACAACAGCACCAUCAUCAUCAACAACAGCAGCAACCACAGCAGCAACAGCAGCAGCAGCAGCAGCAACAACAACAACAACAACAACAAUACUGUGCCCAAUUGGGAUUUAUUGGUGGUAGUUCGACGUCUGCCAGCCUAGCCGCCAAUAAUACAAGUCAAGAUCCUUUAAACUUGCCGCCAAGACGUGAACAAUGUUUACGCAAAGCUAAACAAAAUAGUAUUGCCGUAUUGGGUACCGGAGGCGGUAACGAUGAUCAAAUGGCCGAACCGGAUGAAUUUGCCGAUUCGGAUACGGAUCCCGUUUGGACGCCUCAAGAUGACGAUAGCAAUGACGAUGGUCGUGGUUAUAAACGUAAAGCAGCUCGACGUUCCAAAGGAUCGCCGCGUAAGCAUUUUAGCCAACAACAGCAGCCUCAACAACAACAACAACAACAGCCACAACAACAUCAUAACGCGGUUGUUUCUAAUGACGGUUACACUUUAAAUCAGGAGAUAGCUAGUAGUUCCAGUGGUUAUGGUAAUACAACAGGCGCAGGCGCCAGUGAUAACUUUAAGACCGGCGAUUUUAUAGUUUUACGAUCCGAUCUGGUAAAUGACUGGCCAACCAUAUGGCAAGUGGACUCUAAAUGUAUCCUACAGAAAUAUGAACCUUUCUAUCAAAAUGGCAAAAUGUUUUAUCGAAAUAUGUCUAAGUAUGCUUCUUGGAAUUUAGAAACUAAGAAAUUAUAUUUAAAAGCUCCCGUACGCAUACAAGUACAAUCGCAUACCGAAACAAUUGUUGAAUUUAUGCGUUCCGAAUUAUUGGCCGAUGAUACUGAGCAGUUUAUUGAGAAAAUUAUGGAAGACUACCUUUCAUUUAGAGAUCAUUUUGAGAUUUAUAUACAAACUAUGAUAUCUCAGGUAUUGGAUCCUAGUUUCUUCUCGGAAAUAACGCGAGAAAAAGAUGAAUAUUUUUUGGCUAGUGUCCGAGCCAUUGAUACUAUAAUGGAGAAUUGUAAACGUAAACUUUUAUCGAUUACGCCUUGGACGCGUAGUGUUAUAGCUUCGAUUGAAACUUGGCCCAAAUGUCACGUCUUCACGGAAUGGGGUCAAAAUAAUCUAACGCAGAAAAAUUGUGCUGGCUGCCAUCAACCGGGCAUUUCCGUUCGUUUUCUUUUAUUCGGUCACCCCUACAAUUCGAAUACUAUGCAAUCAGUACCAACUGAUGCUCGUAUCACUUAUGAAAAGGACAUAUUACUGUGUCGCAUUUGUGCCGCGAGGGCGGAUAUCUUCCAUAAGAUUGCUCACGAGAAAUAUAAUCUAUACAUAAAUUGUUCGAGGCGGGUAUCCGAAUUACAACAAGAGAAUCCUGGUAAAACCUCUACAGAAAUAUUAAAUGACCUUCUCGCCGAACAUAAUUGGAUUGAUGAGCUCUUCCGUAACAUGCGCAACUCCUGGGCUGAAGUUGAAAGCUUGGAAAGACAGAAACGUUUCCGGGAAGUAUCGCAAUGAUUUUCUGGACCCAGUUGAGAUUUGAUUGGCGUAAAACUUGUUUAGCCACGUAAGCAUUAUUGUACUACUACUAUACUAUUAUACUAAAAUAGGCUAUUUACGGCUAUUAUCUUCACAUACAUACACAAACAUAUACACAUAUACACUCGUCACACACUUUGCAAUAUAUUCAAAAUAAAAACUAUU